GRGGGGCGGAGCCAGACGGCGGGGCCGCCGCGGCGGAGGAGCUCCGCGGGCCGGUCCGAGCGGAGUCGGGUCCCGCCGAGCCGAGCCGAACCAAACCGAGCCCAGCCGAACCCAAUCGAGUCCAGCCGAGCCGAGCCGAGUCCAGCCGAGCCGAGCCGAGCCGAGUCCAGCCGAGCGGUGCCGAGCAUGGCGCUGUUGCCCGGCUGGCUGCUGCCCUGGCUGCUUCUCUUCCGCCUCCUGCCCGCCUCAGAGCCGGUGGCGGUGAUGUCUGUGGACGUGGGCAGCGAGUCGAUGAAAAUCGCCAUCGUGAAGCCUGGGGUGCCCAUGGAGAUCGUCCUGAACAAGGAGUCACGAAGGAAAACACCUGUGGCUGUUUCCUUGAAGGAGAACGAGCGUCUCUUUGGCGACAGCGCGCUGGGGAUGUCCAUAAGGACACCCAAGGUGGCAUUCCGAUACUUCCAGGAUCUGCUGGGUAAGCGGAUCAAUAAUCCCCACGUGGCACUGUACCAGUCCCGAUUCCCAGAGCAUGAGCUGGUGAAGGAUGAGACAAGACAGACUGUCAUCUUCAAGUUGUCCCCGACAACACAGUAUUCUCCUGAGGAGAUGCUGGGCAUGGUCCUGAACUAUUCACGUGGUCUGGCUGAGGAAUUUGCAGAGCAGCCCAUCAAAGAUGCAGUGAUCACAGUUCCUGCUUACUUCAACCAAGCCGAGAGGAGAGCAGUUCUGCACGCCGCCCGCAUGGCUGACCUCAAGGUGCUGCAGCUCAUCAACGACAACACGGCUGUAGCACUGAACUAUGGGGUUUUUAGGAGGAAGGACAUCAAUGCCACGGCACAGAAUAUCAUGUUUUACGACAUGGGAGCAGGAAGCACUGUUUGUACUAUUGUAACGUAUCAGACAGUGAAAACUAAGGACUCGGGAACCCAACCUCAGUUGCAGAUCCARGGCAUUGGAUUUGACCGUACUCUUGGAGGAUUAGAGAUGGAACUUCGUCUCCGGGACUACUUGGCAAAACUCUUUAAUGAGCAGCACCCUACAAAAGAUGUCCGGAAGAAUCCUCGGGCUAUGGCCAAGCUGCUGAAGGAGGCCAACCGCCUGAAAACCGUGCUGAGUGCAAAUGCCGACCACAUGGCGCAGAUUGAGGGCCUACUGGAUGAUAUAGACUUCAAAGCCAAGGUCUCAAGACAGGAAUUUGAAGAUUUGUGCUCUGACUUGUUCAAGCGCGUCCCAGGACCCGUGCAGCAGGCUCUGAGUAGCGCAGAGAUGAACAUGGACGGAAUUGACCAGGUGAUUCUAGUUGGCGGUGCCACACGGGUCCCCAAAGUGCAGGAGGUUUUGCUGAAAGCUGUGGGCAAGGAAGAACUGGGCAAGAAUAUCAAUGCUGAUGAAGCUGCUGCAAUGGGUGCAGUCUACCAGGCAGCUGCUCUGAGCAAAGCAUUUAAGGUGAAGCCCUUCAUUGUUCGGGAUGCUGCUGUUUUUCCUAUCCAGGUGGAGUUUACUCGUGAAGUUGAGGAGGAUGAUAAGUCCAGGAGUUUAAAGCAUAACAAGAGGAUUUUGUUCCAGCGCAUGGCACCCUAUCCCCAGCGUAAAGUAAUCACUUUCAACCGUUACACAGAUGACUUUGAGUUCUACGUCAACUAUGGAGAUCUGACAUUCCUGAAUCAGGAYGACCUGCGAGUUUUUGGUUCUCUCAAUCUUACUACUGUGAGGCUAAAGGGAGUUGGGGACAGUUUCAAGAAGCACUCGGACUAUGAAUCCAAAGGCAUCAAAGCACACUUCAACAUGGAUGAGAGUGGUGUACUGAGUCUUGACCGGGUGGAAUCUGUGUUUGAGACCUUGGUGGAAGACAAGCUGGAGGAGGAGUCAACACUGACAAAACUUGGAAACACCAUCUCAAGCUUGUUUGGAGGUGGUGGCCCUACACCAGAGACCGGAGUGAACCUGACAGACUCAGUUCAGGAAGAGGAAGAGAGCAUAGCAGAAACAGGUAAAGAAGAGCAGGGGGAGAAACAAGACCAGAAAAGCAGUACUGAAGAUGCUGAUGGAGGGCAGGGGCAAGAGAAACAGCAGUCUUCAGGUCAAGCAGAAACUGAGUCUCCGAAAGCAGAGUCCCAGAGAAAGCAAGAAGGCGAGAAAUCAGAGCCUCAGCAUCCCAAAGAAAAUAGAGAAACUGCAAAAGAGGAAGAACCAUCCAAAAGUUCCGGUGACAGCACAGCUAGCAAAACAGAGGAAGAGAAGAUCAAAGCACCUAAGAAGCAGAAGCUCGUCCAUGAGAUCACAAUGGAGCUGGAUUUAAACGAUGUGCCUGAUCUGGUGGAAGAUGAACUGAAGAGCUCAAUGAAAAAACUCCAAGACUUGACGAUCAGAGAUCUAGAGAAACAGGAAAGAGAAAAAUCAGCCAACAGCUUGGAAUCAUUCAUCUUUGAGACCCAGGACAAGCUUUACCAAGAGGAGUAUCAGUUUGUCUCAACAGAGGAGCAGAGAGAAGAAAUUUCCAAAAAGCUUAGUGAAGCUUCCAGUUGGAUGGAGGAUGAGGGCUAUGCAGCUGCAACAAAGGAGCUGAAAGACAAGCUUUCAGAGCUGAAAAAGCUUUGUAGGAACCUUUUCUUCCGUGUUGAGGAAAGGAGAAAGUGGCCAGAGCGCCUGGCUGCCCUGGAAAGUCUGCUCAAUCACUCCACCAUCUUUCUCAGGGGAGCCCGAAUGAUUCCAGAGUCUGACCAGAUAUUCACAGAAGUGGAACUGAGUACACUGGAAAAAGCCAUCAAUGAAACAACGAUUUGGAAAAAUGAGACCUUGGCCGAACAGAACAAGCUCACUCCUACUGAAAAGCCUGUGCUGCUGUCUAAAGAUAUAGAGUUCAAGAUAGCAGCCCUGGACAGGGAAGUGCAGUAUCUUCUGAAUAAAGCCAAGUUUGCAAAACCCAAACCCAAAAGGGAGAAGAACGCCACAAAAACUGAUUCAGGCAAGAAUACUACAGCAGCCCCUGAGACUGAGAAUACUAUCCCUCCCACGGAGGGGAAACAAGAAGACAAACCGGAGGAUAUUGAUCCAGCCAAGGAGCCUGUUACAGCUGAGAAAGCUGCAAUAGAUGAUAAGCCUGGAUCAGACUCUGGGUCCAAAAAAGGGAAGGCAGAAGCUGGAGGAGAAAGCAGGAAAAACGAUGAACUGUAACACCCUGAAAUCCACAUGUGUCAGCAUCUAUUUAUUUCAUAGUUAAUUUCUUGUUUUUCUUAUGGACCUGAUUAGUCACGAUGUAAAUGGAACACAACAAGGGUAUGACAACACAAUGGGAUAGAGAUGUAAAUUUUUUUUUGUUCUUCCUGCGGAUUUUGUCUCUACUAACUUAGUGAACUGGUUUUUGUUUUUCUUUUAUUAUGUGUGGCAGAGUGCCCACCAAGAAUUGUCUCUGUUUCAGAACAGAAGUCAGUGACUUUCCUGUGGGGAGAAAGCAGUAAAGAAACAUCUUAAGGUUUAGAAAGUAACUUGGAACAUAAAUUCUGUGCCCCACCUCUUGUGAAGAUGAUUGCAGAAGUAUAUUGACCUGAAGUGCUGUUAUCUUUGCGUAUGAGGCCCUGACUUGGAGCAAAUGUGUGAUUUCAGCUGGUGGGAGGUGUAUUAAUAUUUGGACUCGUGGGAAGGUGGAACAGAAUUGGGGAGCAGAUGAUCUGUACUUUGAGAUAUGGCUGUGUCUGUUUUGCAUAGGCUGUUUGCUAAAAUUAUCUGUCCGUGCUCUGUAGCAGAGUCCAAAAACCAUGAAGUAAGACUUGACAAAAAGAUUCUGUUUAUUGUUAAAAAAGUUCAGAAAAGGCAACAUUGAAUGCAGAGGAGGGGGAAAAAUGGGUCGUGUUGGCACAUCCUGUAGUCACAAGGACAGCGAUACGGAUCAAACAAACAAACCUGGAAAGUCCAAUGGCAACUGCCCUCCUUGCUCGGUGUUCUGUGCACUCGGACCGACUUCAUCGUGUCACCUUCCCUGUCCCUGGGCGUGACCUCYUGCCUUCUCGGACCGUCCCUGCUGCUGCCACACACACGAGUGGGAUCCGACGGCUGCGAAUGUGCAUCUGACAUUGUUCUCCAUUCUGGCCUCUUCAACCAAAAAUAAAAAUUACACUUGA